UGUCAUCUCGUCUCGUUGCAGGUAUAUUUUAACCUAACUUUUUGAUUUUCCAUGCAAAUUGGAGACAUAAAUAUCAAAUAAACUCGUUAAAUCAUGGCCGCGACUUCUAAUAAAGGAACUUUUCAACCCGAUUCAGAUGUUCACAUCACCUACGAAGACCAACAAAGGAUAAAUAGGUUUGCUCGACUAAACGCUAAGUUAGAUGAUUAUAAGGAAGAAAUAAAAAUUAAAGAGAACGAUCUUAAAAGUCUUGAGGAAGCUUGCGAUGAAAUUGCUUUGUUUGACGAAGACGAGCAGAUUCCGUACUUAGUAGGCGAAGUUUUUAUUUACCAGAACACGGAAACCACUCAGGAUUGUUUAGAGGAAGCUAAAAAGAGGAUUGAAAAAGAAAUUAAAGAACUGAAGGGUAAAUCGAAUGAAGUUCGAGACAUUAUGGGCGAGUUAAAGUCUCAUUUGUACGGCAGAUUCGGUAGCCACAUCAACUUGGAAGCUGAUGAAGAAUAAUUCUUUCAGUUUAUUAUUUAUACUACUACUAAAUUAUUUAAAAAAUAUUUGCUCGUAUUACGUCUGUUGGAAUAAUUUUUAUAGCCUUGUCGUCUUGUUCAAAGAUGCACUAAUUGUAUUAAUCACGUGUAAACAUUAUUUAAUAUAUUGUUUGUACCAAAAGCAGGUAAAUAUACAGACUUAUCAUUGAAA